ACACACACACACACACACACACACACACACACACAUUCUCAGCUGCACCUCUGUAUUCACAGGACUCUGCCAUUCAAGGAAUUUGUGAAACGAGCAUCUGAAGAAAAACACACAGACUUCUUCCUGUGUGAGGACGAGAGCUAUUAUCUCCGAUCGCUGGGAGAGGACGUACGAAAGGAACCGGCUGACCUGAGCCAGCAGUUCCCAGACUUGGCCGAGGACUUUCACAUCCCUCAGUUCUUUGAACCGGCUCAGUUUUUCUCCAGCGUCUUCCGCAUCAGCUCCAGUGGUCUGCAGCUGUGGACCCACUACGACGUGAUGGACAACCUGCUGGCUCAGGUGACCGGGAGGAAGAGAGUGGCUCUCUACAGCCCCCAGGAUGCAUUGCACCUCUACCUGUCAGGUGAUAAGUCGGAGGUCCUGGACAUCGACCACCCAGACCUGGACCGGUUUCCUGAGUUUGUGAAGGCAACGAGACACGAGUGCGUGCUGGAGCCCGGAGACCUGCUCUUCAUCCCCGCCCUGUGGUUCCAUAACACGCUGGCCCUGCAGUUCGGCGUGGGGGUCAACGUGUUCUGGCGCCAUCUGCCGGCCGCCAGCUACGACAGGAAGGACCCGUACGGGAACAAAGACCCUGUGUCCGCCACCCGAGCCCUGCAGGCCCUGGAGAGAGCCCUGCACACCCUGGAUGAGCUCCCAGCGGAGUAUCGGGACUUUUAUGGGCGGCGGAUGAUCCAGCGUAUUCAAAGACGGACGUGUUGGGACAAUGUGACCAGCACAACUACAGAGGACGUUACCCAGCAGCUAGCCUCACAUACCCAGACCUUCCUCCACAGCGAAGGAGGGUCUGGCUAGUCCACGUGGUCCUGGAUAGGAGAAAAACCUGCUCUGGUUUAUCGGCAUUUCUA